GGUCAGGAGCGUCUGAUCGAGGUGCUAAUGGUGGACUGUAUGCAGCGGAAUAAUGCAAUCAGCAACUACGGAAUGUAUGCCAUGAAUCGGGCCCUUCUAUUCGGGGUAAGGCAGAGCAGCUGUCAUAAAACCACGUUGUCACAGCACGCUCUGUUGUCGUUACAGAUGAUAGCAACGAUGACAAGCUACUUGAUCAUCCUCAUUCAGUUUCACAUUCAGGCGUAUGAAUAAGAGUCAUCGGGGCGUAGAAUAUCAUACAUAAUUACUACCAAUUCGCGCAAAGGAAGCAUUAAACAUGGAAUAUGGAGUAUCAAGCAUAAAUAGACCGUGCACAGAAAUAACAUCUAAAUAAAUAAUCAAGCAAUGGACUAUACCCACAAAUCGUGUGUCCCAUCGCGGGAUGCCACAUUGAGUGUUACAAUGAACGUGAGCAAGUGGUCCGAACGGUUGGAAAGGUAUGUGUGGUCCUUUCUACUAGCAUGCGGUACAUUUCCAUUGCGAUUUGAUGCCGUCGGACCGGGACGAUUCUUCGCCAGCCGCAAACGUGCGCUGUACUGCAUCGGAAUAACCGUGGUGUAUGCCAUCCUUAGUCCUGUCCUAAUGUAUCUCGUUUACGAGCACGAACGGAAGUCAAACGUUUACCUGGUGAGCAUGCUGAACGCGGCGCAGCUAAGCUUUAUCUAUCUGUUCAUGAUCGUGGUCAAUGUGAGGAUGUUAAGCAAAGCGCAGGGUCUCGCCUCAACGCUGAAUGCAUUGUUCGCGAUACGCAAUACCAUCCUGCAGCAGUGGAACUGUCGUGUCUUGAGCCGGGAGUACGGCAAACUGCUUCUUUGCAAAGUUCUUGCGAUCGAUAUGGCACUGUUGCUCUUUUCGCUGAUCAUGUACUACGUUACGCAGGAUGAAGUUCCCACCGGAGCGGAAGUGGUGGUGGGUGUAACCUUUUCCGUGUUUCGGUACGUUUUCACGGCGCUGGUAAACCUAUACUUGGUGGGGCUGAUGAUCGUGAGCUUCAUUCAAGGAUCGAUCAACUGUAAGCUGACGAGCUUGGUCGAUCGGUCGGGGGAAGAAAAGCCAUCAACGAUACGCGAGGUGUACAUGGUGCACUGUGAAAACGCACAGCUGGAGAAACAGUUUAUGGCGAUCAUGGAUCUGCCGGUGCUGCUUCUCAACGGUUGGUACUUCUACAUGAUCGUGGUGUCGGUUUAUUACAUGUACACCUCAACGAUGCUGGAAGUGAGGCGCGGGUUUGGUGUAGAGGACGUUACGAAGUACUUCAACUCGGUGACAUUUUUCCUCUAUCUGGCGGUACAGCUGUACUACAUGAUGUCGAUACCGUCGCAGUAUACGGAACGAUCGAAGAAAAUGCUGUCCAUUCUGGGCGCCAUAAAUCACCGCUCCAGGGGACGUCGAAUGGAGCGUAUGCUCGACCUUAUAACGCUGGACUACAUGCAGCGGGACUACGAUGUCCGGAACUACGGACUGUAUGACAUUAAUCGAGCUCUACUGUUUGGGACGAUAGCUACCGUGACGAGUUACGUGAUCAUACUGGUACAGUUCCACAUGCAGCAGUAUGGGUAGGGCGAAGGGCCGCACCAUGGAAAUCCAUUAGUCACCGACGACAGCACGCCGUUACAGAUGCGCAUGAACGCAAAAAAAUCGCAAACGGAAGGAAAAGGGAAGCGAAUAGCAAAACACUUUCUUACACGGACCGCACUGCUGCCCCUUAACGACCAUUAUCAACGGGCAUGGACGCAAAAUCAUGCGCGUUUGUUUGUUUCGGAUGAUGUCAUGGCCGGCUUCCCCACGCCCUCGACAGUGGUUCCACACUCACACACGCGUACCCAUUUAGCAGACAGACGCGGGUGGCAUGCUAAUGAUAGCAAAGUUGUGAUUUUAUUGUUUCUUUGAUCACGCUCUACGAUGCUUUGGGUAAUGCAAGUGUAUAUGAGAAAAAAACGAGAUAACCGCAAAUAAGCAGGCGCCAAUAACACAAUUUUUCAAGCAUUUCAAGCACUACUGCACUCGAAACAACAGCAGCCCCUUGUAAACAGGAGUCGCUGUAUGUAUGAAUGAGAAUGUUUGUAUAAAGAUUGCAACAUGUUUUAAAACACUCUACCAGAAAAUAUGCUGCAAAAACACACACACACACACGCGCUACCGAAUUACCUGAACGGUAACGAAUUCGAACGUUCUACUCUACUGAAGAAAGCGCUUGAGAUUUAGGAAUUCAGAUCGUUUUCGUUCAUCUCCACUGUAAGGCAUUUAUCCCGGCCGCGGGUGUUGGUUCUCUAUCAUCACCAAUCUACAUAGUUGCUGUGUCCUGGGAACAGUUAGUUGGUUCUCAGCGUCCUUCGGCGUACGCACAAACACACACUAACUGAACGCUCACGGAAGGCAUGCGUGUUAUCCUGAGAAAGUGUUGGAGACGAAGAAGAGCCCCAUCCAGCUACACACAGAACGGGUUUUUUUCUUCUGCCGUACGCGUGACGGUAGUAGUAGUAGUAGUAAGCUUACACACUAAUGGAGAAAUAUGUAAAAUUUUCGGUUCGAUUUUGGCGUAAAUGGAAGGGGUGCUUUUGGAAGCCGGAGACUACUCCCCAUCCCCCUACUAAAAUGGGCUUGUAUUGGUGGACUGGCGGA